AUGCGGAGACAUACAGGCAUGGAUGCACACCCGCCAAUGCUUGCUUGCGUAAGGGUGUACUCGUACCCUCUCCUCUGGAAGGAGGCCAACGAGCCGGACCGUCCGUCACCGUCGGUGAGGAUCAGGUGUGCAUCACGCACAGGGAGCGCCUCAAUAGUUGAUGGACUCGGUCACAUACAAGAUCAGCCGACGAAGCCAAUCGCCAUGCAAGGUCAGCAUUAUCUCCUCCUAGGAGCUACGGGCGCUUCAGGUGUGGAAUUCAUCCAACAGGUGCUCGAGGAGGCUGCUCAAAAGCCUGUUCCUCAUGUGACGCUCUUCAUUCGCUCGGGCUCAGAGUCCAAACUACCCAGUGCAGCACUUGAUCACGCCAACUUCCGCCUCGUUGAAGGGAGCCUUGCUGAUCCGCAAGCAAUACAAAAAGCGCUCGCCGCAGACGAGAAAUUUCCGACUGCCACCAUCGUCGUCUCGUUCUUGGGUGCAUAUAUGACUCUCAAGCCCCUGUUUACCCGCGACAAGUCGCAUCCCAUAGCGGAUGCAUUCACGUCCAGCAUCUUACCAACAAUGAAAGCGAGCAACGUCUCACGAAUCAUCGCAUUGAGCACACCUACCGGGUGUUACUCCGCCGAGGAAGCGAAAACCGUGCCUUGGAAAUGGUGGUUCUAUAUGCAGAUGCCUCGCUUGUUUGCUCCGCAGGGGAACUCUGAGAUGGCGGGCAUCGCCAAUGCCGUUAUCAGUGUCGGAAACAAAGAUCGAGAUCUUGAGUGGACCGUGUUUCGUGUCCCACAUUUGACAGACGGUCUGCGCGAUGCAGCUGUGGUUGCCGGGCUUCUCGAUCAGAACUACACGGCCAGCUUAGACCUGAGCAGGGGAAGCCUGGUAAAGUGGAUGUUCAAUGAGGUCAACGAGAAAGCUUGGAUCCGCGGUACGCCUAUGCUCGCAAAUCCGUGA